UCAUCAUUACAAACCUUCAGACUGCCAAUGUACGUAUUUCAGCAGCCACUGAACAGUUACUGACACCUCAAAAACCAUCGAAUUUAUCAUUGAACUGCUGUUGACUUUCGCCGUAGUCUGCUAUUCAAUUCUCAUGGCAAUUGAGGCUUGGUUUAUGGAUGAAAGUGGUGAGGAUCAAAGGCUUCCACAUAAGAGGGACCCUCCAGAGCAUGUCUCCUUGGAGCAUUUGGCUGAUCUUGGAGUAGUUUACUGGCAUUUGAACCCGGAGAAUUACGAGAACGAUGAAGAAUUGAAGAAGAUUAGAGAUAGCAGAGGCUACAGCUAUAUGGAUUUGCUGGACUUGUGCCCUGAGAAAGUGGAGAACUAUGAACAGAAGCUGAAGAACUUCUAUACAGAGCACAUUCAUGGAGAUGAGGAGAUACGUUAUUGCUUAGAGGGUAGUGGUUACUUUGAUGUUAGAGACAAGGAUGAUCGUUGGAUUCGCAUCUGGAUCAAAGCCGGUGAUCUUAUUGUGUUACCAGCUGGAAUUUACCACCGGUUCACCCUUGACACCAGCAACUAUGUGAAGCUGAUGAGGUUGUUUGUGGGAGAGCCAGUUUGGACAGCCUUUAACCGGCCACAGGAGGAUCAUCCGGCUAGGAAGGAGUACGUGAAGAAUUUCACUGAGAAGGUGGGAGUGCUACUGGAAGCUCAUUGAUACAACCUUAUCAAAGAGGGGGCUGGGGACGUUUUCUGGUCUUUGGUAUUUUUUUUUUUUACAAAUAUGGUGUUGCCUUAUCUUUCAAUACAACAGUGUAUGGUAUAAAUUAUGUUGGAACUGUGAGUAAAAAGUACUAAUAUAUGUAUUCUGCUGGCUGUUGAGUUUCACCUCUUUUGGCUGAAACGUAAUGAGCCAUGCAUCCUACUUUACAAAGAAUAGGACCCUUUUGGAGAUGA